AUGUAUGUAACCAUCUUGUCAUUGUUUGAUGGUUUUGAUUGUAAACAGGUCAGAGCACUAAAAGACAAGAUUGAGAAAGAAAAGGGCAAAGAUUUUCCAGCCGAUGCACAAAAGCUGAUCUAUGCCGGGAAAAUUUUGAAUGAUGACCAACCACUGAGUGAAUACAACAUUGAGGAGAAGAACUUUGUUGUCGUAAUGGUAGCAAAAGCUAAACCUGCAGCUGCUGCAGCAGCACCAGUAGCAGCAGCACCUCCAGCAGCAGCAGCAGCAGCAGCAACAGCAGCAGUAGAGGAACCUGUUCUGGAAGAGAAACCAAAUAUAAAGGAGGACAAGAAAGUGGAAGAUAAGCCAGCAGAGCAGCCUCCUGCAGCAAGUCCCGCAGCCCCGGAAGCAAUGGACACAGCAUUGCCUGCUCCCAGUGCACCCUCCGCAGAGGCAGCGGCUGCUGCUGCACCCAUGAAUAUAGGCGCUUCAAUUGGUAGUUUGCUUGGUGAUGUCCUACGAGCAGAAUCAACGCUAGUUACAGGUGAAGACUAUGAACAGAUGGUGACAGAGAUUAUGAAUAUGGGUUUUGAACGGGAGCAGGUAGUGAGAGCACUCAGGGCAAGCUUCAACAAUCCUGAUAGGGCAGUAGAAUAUUUACUUUCGGGUAUCCCGGAUAUGCCUGAAGUAGAGCCUGGAGAGGCAGAGGCUCCAGCAGCUCCACCUAGAUCCGAUGCAUCACAAGAACGUGUCACAGAAGCAAGUGAAUUACCGGCAAGACCACAGGCGGCUCCAGGUGGGAGUGAAACAGUAGCCAGUGGCCAGCCCCAAGUUGCUCCAGAAGGCGACCCAUUGGCUGCGCUGGCACACCAGCCUCAGUUUCAGCAGAUGCGGCAGGCGAUACAGCAGAACCCAACCUUACUUCCCCCCUUCCUGCAGCAACUAGGCCAGUCAAAUCCACAGCUACUACAAUACAUCAGCCAACACCAGGAGCGAUUCAUACAAAUGCUGAAUCAGCCUGUCUCUGGCAGCGGGAGCGCGCCUGCGCCCGUAGCCGGUGGGGGCGCCACGGGACAAUCACCAGAGCUUGCUGCACCCGGGGUGAUUCAUGUGACGCCGCAAGAGAAGGAGGCCAUAGAGCGACUCAAGGCUUUGGGCUUCCCCGAAGGAUUGGUUAUUCAGGCGUACUUUGCAUGUGAUAAGAAUGAAAACCUAGCUGCAAACUUCCUGCUCUCACAAGGGUUUGACGACGACUGAACAUAGAAUUGGUGAUGUCUACGUGGCCAUACUCUUCUGAUUAAGACUUCUAAACAGAUUGAUAAAAAUCCCCUUCACAUCUGUCUUCGUUUGUGCGUCAAUAUUUUGAACCAUUAGAUUUCUGUGAGAAUGAACUUGUUACGUUGGAGCUGGGCUUUAGUGUGUCCAUUUUACGAACGGCUUGCAAUUUGGGAAAAUUCCGGGCACCGUGUUCUUCCUGUUGAGCCGUGGAGUAGAUCGAUUAAACGGGUACGGGUUUAUACUGCCCACAUAACCAACAAGUGAGUGCUUAUUGUUUCUCUGCCACUGGAUGGCUUUUAGCAGAACCACAGCAAUGGCAGCAGGUAUUUAGAUCCUACUGCAAUGAAAGUUAGCACUUGUGAAAUGCCCCAUUAAUUUCGGGGAUAGUCAUGACGAGGUUCAACGUAACAGAAAUAUAGACAAUGUAAACUUUUAUUGCAUUUUUGAAGCCUGAACAGUUUUUAAAAAAUAUUUUUAGUUUUGUUCAUUCAUACUUUCCUUUAGUAAUUAAAGUGAUAAACAUCCUCUGAUGAAGAUCCUAUGAAUGAAGGCAGAAAAGUUUACAAUCAAAAAGCAACAAUGUACUAACUUACAGCGAGUUUAAAAGUAGUAUACUGAAAUUACCAUCUAAACAUUUAGAUGUGUUGAAGUGUAUCUUCAUAUCAUACAUUCAGAAAGAAAAUUUGUUCACUACACGAUGAGUGAAUAAACAGAAAUCGAGAAUAACUAGAAAAUGGUGCAACCAGAUCUUCCCUUCAUUUUGGAAUCAGUCUAUAAACGCUUCUAGUGAAAGAUACUAUAUAGCAACUGUUAUACUCCACGGUGUCAUGUCAGUUAAAUAUGCCUAUUGCGUUUUUGGAAGCGAAAAUAUCCUUGUAUGACAAGCUAGAUUAAAUUUAUAUGACAUUUUUUAAUCAAAUGAUAUGCAACAAGUUGAGUUGUGUACUCGGAAAGCGACAUCGUAGGAAUUGUUUUGUAUUAAGGGCAUUGAAGAGUCAAUGUAUUGCUUGUACGCAUUAUGACCAGACUAUUUUGCUUAAGAAUUUACCAUAGAUUUUCGUUCGUACCUACUUGAACACCACUACUUUUAACAUUGUGUACAGUAAAAUUGGGAAAUUGUGCUUUACAUGUUACUGGUGUGGAUUUGUCAAUCGGCAUUACAUGCUCGAUAACCAGACUGCUCAUUCAUUCAUCUCUUCAUGUUCUACAUUUGCGUAACUCAUUUCAAAAUAAAUUUUGUAAUGAAUUCUGUACGGAAAAUGUGUAUCAACAUGAACCCGUUAUGCUACCGUUGUGUGUUAUACAGUACAAUAAUAAUACUAUAACGUAGAAAAAUGUG